UUUCAAUGUGCGAAUAAUUUUUAUUUUAAACAACACUUUUGUUGAACUAUCGAACAGAAGUGGAUGCUAGCCACAGAAUUUCAAAAAAUGUUAUCAAUACUGCUUUUAUUUAGCACUAUACUUACACACACUUCCGCUCAAAUACGCAUUGUAAACGGAAAAGAAGGACGCAUUGAAGAUUUUCCAUAUCAAGUUUCAUUGCGCCGUUAUUCAAUUCAUGUUUGUGGCGGUUCGGUCAUAGAUGCAGAAUGGGUAGUAACGGCCGCUCAUUGCAUAGAAGCUUUUGAAAAGCAACCGAGAGUAUAUUCUUUACGCAUCGGUAGCUCAAAUCGGGGUAAAGGCGGGGAAGUUGUGUCCAUAUCGAAGAUAUAUAAACAUCCUUUGUACAAUAGUGGCACAAUGAAUUUUGAUGUGGCGCUACUACGAACACAAAAAAAUCGUCUGCGUGGCGAAUUCGUACAUCCCAUCAAAUUACCUUCGCAAAAUACACUGAUUAUGGAUAACAACGAAGCGGUGGUUAGUGGAUGGGGACAUAUGAGUUCGUCGGAACAUGUUUUGUCGGAGCUCUUAAAGUAUACAACCGUUAAAAUAGUAAAUCAACAGAAAUGUUCCGAAUUAAUGAAAUCACAAGGGAUUGUCACCGAAGCAAUGUUCUGUGCAGCAGCUAGAAACACGGAUGCCUGUCAAGGAGAUAGCGGUGGUCCAAUACAAAGUAGUAACAUUUUAAUCGGUGUAGUAAGUUGGGGAGUUGGUUGCGCAGAUCCCCACUAUCCAGGCAUUUAUACACGUUUGUCUUAUUCCGCUGUACGUAUUUGGAUCAAGCUGAUGACUGGAUUAUGAUUGUGUAAAAG